AUGUCGCAUUUGCAUACACCCGGCUCUAGUUCUGCUUCUAAUGACAACAGGCGAGCCUCAUAUCAGGAGUUACCACCUCAAUUGGCAGCCAACAAAGCAGAAAUGAGACGCCAUUCGAAACUCCUGGCACAAAGUGGCCGAAUUGAUCCAAACAAGUCGACCGAGCUGCUCAAGCUGGAGUCCAAUGGGCUUAUUUCGUCACUCCUCUCAGUGGCACAGAAUGCGGCCACUAUCAUCGGGAAACUGGACAAAUCCUCUGAAACUCUCCAACUGGGCUCCAAUCUGUCGAAAAAAUUAGACUUUUCCAUAGGGGCACCAACAAGACGUCCUUUGGCACCCAACCUGCCUUCAGUGUUGACCAUCACAGGAGCAGAGCUAGACGCCACACUCUCUGCCCAUUCCAAUCCUCAAGAGGGUGCAGACUCUCUAUCGAAGAGGCAAUCGAGUCUCUUGGCUUCGAAUGUGCAUUUUGAGCCUCUUAACCAUAGCCCCAUCAAUACCUUGGGCAAUGGAGACUUAUCUCUUCUCCAUUUCGAAAAGAAACAGCCACUUGAAAGAGCAAAGCUUCCAGAUCAUAAAUCUGCAACUACAGAGGCAAUCACGUCUACUACAGAUGACACAUUAAACAGAAAACCUACAGUCACAUCGAACAAAAAGGUUUCCCGUCGAAAAUCAAUAGCGUCUUCGACUGACGAUGCCAAAGUUUCCAUGGAAUCAAGCGACAUUGAUAAGCAAUCAGUCCAUUCGACUUCGCUGCUGUUUGACGACGAUGAAGGUUCCGGUGAGUCCGAGAACGCAUUCGGUGCCACCAAGAAGAAGGCUCAGGAAUUCAAAUCGGUGUUCAAAACAAUUCCUCCACAGGAAAAAUUAGUCGCUACAUUUUCGUGUGCUCUUUCGAAAGAAAUACUCGUUCAAGGCAAAUUCUAUCUUUCUCAAAAUUAUAUCUGUUUCAACUCCAAUAUUCUUGGUUGGGUGACAAACUUGGUUAUACCGUUACAGGAGGUGAUCCAAAUUGAGAAGAAAUCUACAGUUCUAGUCUUUCCAAAUGGUAUGGUAAUCACGACUCUUCAUCAAAAGUAUGUCUUUGCCACAUUUCACGCUCGAGACGCUGUAUUUGAUUUGAUCACGAAAGUCUGGAAGAAGUCUUUGCAAAAUGACAGAGCCGUCAAAAAAGCACCUAAAAAGAAGCAAAGAAUAACCUCGAGGGCAAAUUCAAACAGGAAGCUGGUUACGGAGACUUCCGAAUGGUCUGAUGACGAGGGUUUGUUUAGCGAUCCAGACGAUGAUCUUAAUCUGCUUCCUCUGUCUGAUUUAUCUUCUGAUGAUGAUAAUGACAAUGUAAUGACCCGUAAUCUUGCUAAGAAAAAAACCAAAACUAUCAAGAGCGACGAAGUCAGUGACCACGAGAGUCAUACACUGGACUUUGAGGUCGAUGUAGAUGCAGAAGGUUCCUCCAUUGACACCGAAGACUUACCGAAGCGCAGUAAGAAGGGAGCUGAUUCUUCUUUUAAAGGCUUCUCCAACCCUGGCCCGGCCAAACACUCGCCGACUUCCUUUGAACACCAGAAAAGCAACAGCGAUGUACACAUCAUUGACCAAAAAUUCAACGCUCCAUUGGGAGUCGUUUUCAGCAUGCUAUAUGGUCCUGACAAUUCAUUUUACGUGAAGAGUUUAGAAGCUCAAAAGAAUUUCGACAUCUCGAAAGAAAAGAUCACAGAACUAUCAAAUGAGCAAAAGGAUAGGGUAUAUUCUUACACGAAGCCGCUUUCUGGACCAAUUGGCCCGAAGCAGACAAAAUGUAAUAUCACUGAAUCUUUGGAAACCUGUGACUUUGAUUCAUAUUGUGAGGUAUUACAGAUUACCCAGACACCAGAUGUUCCACUGGGAAAUUCCUUCAAGAUCAAAACUGUGCUGUACUUUACGUGGGCAGAGAAUAAUUCCACGAAAAUGACCGUCUAUACGAGUAUUGAGUGGAGUGCCAAGUCUUGGAUCAAAGGUGCAAUUGAAAAAGGCAGUAUCGAUGGACAAAAGCAGUCCAUGAAGGCUUUAUCACAAUCAAUAACAGAUGCAUUAGCAUCCAGUGAGUCGAGCUCUCUGGGUCACAAAAAGAAACGCCGUCUGGCAACGGCGAACAACAUUCCCCAGGUGGAUCACAAAGAAGAGGUCACAGAAGAAAACGCUCCUUCAACUUUAUUAGAUGUCAUUUUGCAGCUCAUGGAAAAAAUUGGAGCGCUGUUGGGGGUAAAUGUUCCGAUGCUAAGUACAACAGCAUUGGGAGGUGUGGUACUCUUACUCAUUUCCCUCCUUUACACUUCUCUUCUCAUGUGGAUGACAAGAGGUAAACCUGGAGUAGUAUUGGGACGGGGGGCUGGGUCCAAUAUGAUCGAGAUUAAUGGCAGGCCAUUCAAUCUCGUGCCCACCGCAGAGACUUAUUUGAGCGAUAGUGAGACUCGCAAAGAAAUUGAAAGUAAGAUGUGGGAUUGGAUAAUCUCACGCACUGGCGGAGAUCUGAAUGUGUCGAAGAAAAUGAAUCGGAUUGAUCUUCCCGGUAGUGACCAAGCUGGCUUUGAGGAGAUCGUUGGUUUGACACGGAAGCGUCUUGAUGAGGUUUAUUUCAAUUUACUAUGA